AUGCUACCACAUUGGCUCAGCAGAAAAAGUUUGAAUCCAUUGCUUCGAUAUCAAAGCAUAUCUCUGAGUGGGCUCUCACCAAUUCGUGGUCGUCUUUCACAGGUCGUUCUCAAAAGUGAAAUUCAUGUCCAACGUAGAUGGCAGAAUUCAAUAAAUGUGCGCGGGGUGCCUCCAAGUGAAGCUAGUAAUCGUUUGCAAGUGCUAAGGCUGUCAGGCGCAGACUCUAAGGAGUACGGAUUUAAAAAUGUGAGAAGGCUGUUCCAGUUGGCAAGGCCUGAAGCCAAGUCCUUGGCCUUUGCAUUGUUGCUGAUUGUUAUUUCGGGCGCAGUGAGCAUGACGAUACCUAGUGUUAUUGGGAAGUUGUUAGAUAUAUCUAAGGAGAAGGAAGCUGGAGGUGAUGGAGAUGAAGAACAAGAGACAAGGAUAUAUGGGCUAACAGAGAAGCAAUUCUAUACUGCGCUUGGUGGUGUUUUUGUUAUUGGAGCGUGUGCCAAUGUUGGGCGUAUUGUUAUAUUGAAAGUUACAGGGGAAAAGCUUGUAGCAAGACUACGCACGAAGACCAUGAAAGCCGCAUUGCAGCAAGAUGCAGCUUUUCUGGACUAUAAUCGUGUAGGGGAUCUGAUAUCGCGGUUGUCUUCAGAUGCCAGCAUUGUUUCUAAGUCGAUCACGCAAAAUACAUCUGAUGGUGCUAGAGCGGUGAUACAAGGUAUGGUAGGGUUUGGGAUGAUGGGCUACAUAUCUGCCCAGCUAACUGGAGUCAUGCUAUUGCUGGCACCCCCAUUGGUGCUUAUGGCAAUGGUAUAUGGUAGGCGGAUUAGGAACUUAACGCGCGAGUUACAAACAAGGGUGGGUGGAUUGACCAAAGUUGCUGAAGAACAGUUAAAUGCGACCAGAACGAUUCAGUCGUACUGUGGAGAACGUAAAGAGAUACGCAGAUACGCAGAGGAAGUAAGAAGUGUCUUUCGUGUAGGUUUGAGGGAGGCAGUGACUUCGGGUGCAUUUUUCGGCACCACCGGUCUUAUGGGUAAUAUGGCUCUUCUGGCCCUGUUGCUUACAGGUACUUCCAUGAUCAGAUCGGGUGCCAUUACGGUGGGUGAACUGUCGAGUUUUAUGAUGUACGCAGUUUAUACCGGCAGUUCAUUGUUUGGUUUAUCGUCUUUCUACUCUGAAUUAAUGAAGGGGGCAGGUGCAGCCUCUAGAGUUUUUGAAUUGAACGAUAGGGUACCACUAAUCCACCCAACUAAAGGCAAAGACCCCAUUUCAUUGGCAGCGAAGGAGAUCGAAUUCAAAAAUGUAAAAUUUUCAUAUCCAAGCAGGAGUAAUCACACAGUCUUCACGGAGUUAAAUCUAAAAAUAAUCCCCGGAGAGCAUGUAUGUGUAGUUGGUCCUUCAGGCGGUGGCAAAUCUACAAUCUCAAGCCUCUUGUUACGCUUCUAUGAUGUCGACAGCGGUGUUAUCACGAUUGGAGGUCAGAACAUCAAAGAUUUCAACCUGCGCAAGUACCGUCGAUCACUUGGCAUUGUGCAGCAAGAGCCUUUGCUUUUCAAUGGCUCUAUAAAGGAUAAUAUCUGCUAUGCAUUGCCUCCGCAUAUCAUUUCGGAUAAGCAUCGUGUAAAUCGAGCGCUGGAAGCUGCAAACUGCACUAGAUUUAUAUCCAACUUUCCCGACGGACUAGAUACCAUGGUUGGCCCAAGAGGCACCCAACUUUCCGGUGGACAAAAACAACGGAUUGCUAUUGCCCGAGCAUUCAUCCUCGACCCUAGUAUACUGAUCUUAGAUGAAGCAACGAGUGCAUUAGAUUCCCAGAGUGAAGAUAUUAUUGCUCAAGCCCUUCGAGCAAGAAGUGAAAGCGGUAAAAUCACUAUUUCCAUUGCACAUAGAAUUAGCACCAUUGAACACAGUAAUAGGGUUAUCGUGUUGAGUAGGAACGGCGGCGUUUCAGAAACCGGUGCCUUUUGUGAUCUCAUAAACCAACCAAACUCUAAUUUGAAUAAACUGUUAUCAAAAGAGCAUGAAUUACAGGACGUUCAUGACCAACUUGAGGAAUCUUAA